AUGGAUGAAGAAUUAAAAGCAGUUAUUACAAUUAAAGAUGAGUACUAAUUAGUCAAAUAAAAAAUGGAAUAGUAAAUUUAAUAAAAACUAUAAAAUGAAGGAUAUUACUAAUUGAUUCACCUUUAUUAACUGAAAGAUGAUCUCGAAUAAGAAAAUAAAAUAUAUUAAUCUAAAGUCAAGGAAAUCUUGGAAAAAUAUAAAACUCUAGGAUAAUAAAUAUUCUAAAGUGUAAAUUAAAUUUUCUUAAAAAACAAAAAUUAUUUUAAAUUCAUAAAUGCAAUUUAGUAAUAAGAUAUUAUAUCUGGCCGCAGAAAAGAAUUCUAGUUUUCGAAAGAAGAAACAGCUGAUUUAGAUAGAUACUUUAAUAUAACAAAUCAUAAUGAUUAAAGGGCUAAAAAUGAAAGAUUUGCUUCUCAUGAAGUAUUGCCAAUCAGCAAUUACUGGUUUAUGGCCUUUAAGAACUUUGAUUUGGUUAAGCCAUAUGUCAAAGAAAAAGACGAUUAAAUUUUAAAGCAUCUUCAUAAUAUAUUUGUCAAUAUUGGCGAUAAAUCUUCAAUAGAAUUAAAAUUUGAAUUCAAAGAAAAUGAAUUCUUUUAAAAUUAAUAUCUUGUCAAAGUAUUUUUUUUAAAUGAUAAUAUGGAACCAGAAAGAAGUGAAGGUACACAAAUCGAAUGGUAUGAAGGUAAAGAUGUGUGCAGAAAAACUGUUAAAAAAAGUUAAAAAAAUAGAAAAACAGGUGCAAUAAGAGUAAUUACUCAUGAAGUUGAAGAUGAGAGUUUCUUUAAUUUUUUUAAUUCUCUCAACUUAGAAGAAAUUAAAUUAAUGGGUUAAAAAAAAGAAAAUUCUUUAAUUUAAUAAAAUAAAUAUAUCGAUAGAAUGAAUAUUGACUAUGAUAUUGCAAGAGCUAUUAUUGAUGAACUGCUCCCAUAUAGCUUAGAAUAUUAUUUGGAUGUUAGAAGGCUGAAAUCAAAACAAGCUGAAGUAUAAGAUCUUAACUUUUUAAAAGAAAUUAAUGAAAGUGUAAGUGAUUCAAGUGACAGCGAUGGUGGUGAUAAUUAAAAAAAUGAUAAUUCCCCUACGAAACAAAGCCAAAAUAACAAAGGAAAGAAAGAUAUUAAAGACACUUCAAAAGAUAAAAGUGGAGUUUAAGAUAAUACAAACGAAUGCAAAUAAUAUUGA